AUGCAGCAAGAGCCGGCAGUGCAGGAGUUAUUGCGCCAGUCAUGGCUGUCAGCAGUGCAGGAGUUAAUGCUGUUAGUCCUAGCUGGCAACACAGGGGUUAAUGCUGUAGCCAUAGCUGGCAGUACAGGGGUUAAUGCUGUAGCCAUAGCUGGCAGUACAGGGGUUAAUGUUCCAGUCAUAUCUGGUAGUGCAGGGGUUAAUGCUCCAGUCAUAGCUGGCAGCACAGGGGUUAAUGCUCCAGUCAUAGCUGGCAGCACAGGGGUUAAUGCUCCAGUCAUAGCUGGCAGCACAGGGGUUAAUGCUCCAGUCAUAGCUGGCAGCACAGGGGUUAAUGUUGUAGUAAUAGCUGACUGCGACAGACUAACCGAUUGCCGACCGACUGAUCUAGACAAUGACCGACCGACUGAUCUAGACAAUGACCGACCGACUGAUCAAGACAAUGACCGACCGACUGAUCAAGACAAUGACCGACCGACUGAUCAAGACAAUGACCGACCGACUGAUCAAGACAAUGACCGACCGACUGAUCAAGACAAUGACCGACCGACUGAUCAAGACAAUGACCGACCGACUGAUCAAGACAAUGACCGACCGACUGAUCAAGACAAUGACCGACCGACUGAUCAAGACAAUGACCGACCGACUGAUCAAGACAAUGACCGACCGACUGAUCAAGACAAUGACCGACCGACUGAUCAAGACAAUGACCGACCGACUGAUCAAGACAAUGACCGACCGACUGAUCAAGACUCAGUCUUGAUCAGUCGGUCGGUCAUUGUCUUGAUCAGUCGACCGACUGAUCAAGACAAUGACCGACCGACCGACUGA